AUGUCACCGGUCAACUUAAAACUUCCUACCUAUUACAGAAUGGAGCACAUUUUUCGAGUAUCAGAAGUCCUGUACGUGGGCCUGUGUUGUAGAUUAGGGACUCCUACAAUAGUGAACCUCAGGAGGGAGGUGAUGGACAUGGAAUUAAUGAUCCAAACAACAGCAAUGAAACGUCAUGGAACCAUGUUUACGAUCAGUGGAAGUUAUAGAGAAGGAUUCAGGUUCAAAUCCUCAGACCAAGAUACCAUGGUCUGGAAUCCAUCUCAUAAACUGAUUUAUGAGAUGUCUCAAUUCAAAGACUUCGAUGCUUCCGGCCUGGAUGUCAUUCUCAUGGAACAUUCCGGAACACCUCCUGGAUUCUAUUGGCCCCAAACAGCCCUUGCCUGGGUUGCUAGAUGUCAAGAAAAGGGAUGGCCGGUGCAGAGUGUACUGAAUGAAAUAACAUCUACCGGAUGUCACGUUAUACCAAUUGGAAGUAACGUAAGCUGUGAUGAGUAUGCAUUGGAAUGGAGACUUUCAUUUUCUCAAGCAGAACAAAUAUUGGUUUAUUCAAUGAACCACACUCAAUUUCUGUGCUAUGGAGUUUUGAAGAUCUUUCUGAAAGAGGUAUUGAGUUCAACGAACCAAGGAUCCCUAAUUUGUUCCUAUUUUCUGAAGACCAUUCUAUUCUGGGAGAUUCAGAACGACCCUGACAGCUUAUUUUGGCGUCCAUCAAAUUUAUUGACUUGUUUCUGGGUUUGCUUUAAACGCUUGUGUAAGUGUGUUCUUGAUUCAAAUUGUCCAAACUUCUUUAUACCAGAAAACAACAUGUUCAGACUCAAAAUAGUCGGUUCUCAACAAGAGGCGUUGAUAUCUCAGCUGAAUCGUUAUUACGAAAUGGGUGUGGCCUGUCUGUUCCUCGGUCCUACUUUUAUGACCAUUCUAGAGCCUGCAUUGAGUAGUCCGUCAUUUGUGAUACCAUCCUCAGAGGGAGAUGUCAUGUCGCUCAGAGGUCUAGAUCAGAAUUUUAGGAAUGAAUUAUUUAAACGACAAAAAGUACCACAAUCAAAAGAAGACUGUUUCAUGAUAUUGAAAUCGAUCCCAAGCUUAGUACAGCUACGCCUCUCUCAGUUCCAGUCUUUGGCAUUACAGCAUGCUACAGCUAACAUUCUUGUCCAGCUGGCCUUUAUACUUGCUGAUUACCCUGCAUCCCACCAAAAUAAAACUUUCUACAUACAAGACAGACGGAUCGUCAACGUGCUGAGACUGUCUUCAAGGUUCGGUCCUGUGUCUCAGUUACUUUAUUUAGGUGUAUAUUACUACAGAACAGGUCGAUAUAACAAAGUUCUCAGCAUUGCUGGAAUUUGUCAGAAGAGAUUUUCACAACCCUUUGUCUUGCACUUUGAUAAUUUAAUGAGACAGCGAUAUUUUGAGAGUGUCGGUAUGCAUUCUUUGGGUCAACGUAUGAGGGAAGGCUGGAUGUCGUAUAUUAACUUUUGUAAUUCAAUAACUUUUCUUGCAGAAUUAUAUUUUGAACAGCAGGAAGGCACUGCAACAGUACCUAUCCCCCCAUUUGUGUUGAUUCACAUGUUAUGUGUGUUGUGUCACUUCAGACUUGGUGACAUGUCCAACUGUCUACAGUCACUGACAGACCUACAGACACUUCUGCUCUAUGAUGACGGAAUGUACGUGCCUUUCGAUAUCAGGGACAUUUCUUGGCAGAUACUGGGGAUCUGUCAGCAUGUUGCAGGGGAUCUACAGGGGGCGUUACAGUCGUAUAGAGAGUCUCUGAGACAAAAACCUCGUCAUAGAAUACAGAGAGCUACUGGAAUCAGAAUUGGACUGGUUCUUCAACAGUUACGCGAAAGAUACUAGUAAUUGAAAUGACAGAUAAAAUUAAAUUCAAUUACAUUUCUGACAUGUUUGCUUUCUUGGACUUACAAAUUUUAUUCUCUGCAUAUAAAACUUAAAGAUAUA